UCCACACUGCUGUGUAAGAGAAGGAUUGUGAAUACCAUGGCCUCUCAUACCAGGUUACUGCUAAAGAUGAAGUCUGUUUGUAGGACUGAAAAUCAAUACGUACGCUGCGGGCUGGCGGAGUUUUUAGGGACUCUCAUUUUAAUACUGUUUGGCUGUGGGUCUGUGGCCCAGAUGGAGUUAAGCGGCUUUGCCAAAGCUCAGUUUUUGAGUGUUAAUAUGGCGUUUGGCUUUGCAGUGACUGCUGGUGCUUAUGUAUGUGCUGGCGUGUCUGGAGCCCAUCUGAAUCCCGCUGUUUCUCUUUCAAUGUUUCUUCUCGAUAAGCUAACGUGGAGAAUGAUGCUGGUCUACUGGCUGGCGCAGUUUCUAGGGUCUUUUGUUGGUGCUUCCUUUGUCUUCUUCUUGUACUAUGAUGCCAUAUAUGUCUACAGCAAUGGGAACUUCACAGUAACCGGACCUCAGUCUACUGCGGGGAUAUUUGCCUCUUACCCAUCUGAACAUCUGAGCCAUAUCAACGGCUUUACAGAUCAGGUGAUUGCUACGGCUGCACUAAUGAUUGCCAUUUUGGCCAUAUUGGAUGAAGCCAACAAUGCUGCUCCUCGUGGUAUCCAACCCUUUAUGAUUGGAAUCGUGGUUCUGCUUGUUGGGUUAUCAAUGGGCUUUAAUUGUGGCUACCCCAUAAAUCCUGCCCGAGACCUGGCUCCACGCAUCUUCACUGCUAUUGCUGGCUGGGGUCUGGAAGUUUUCUGGGCUGGAUCUAACUGGUGGUGGGUACCUGUAAUUGGACCUCUGGCAGGAGCCCUAGUCGGUGUGAUACUCUAUCAACUAUUUAUUGAAAUCCAUCACCCAGAGAUCAAGCAAAAGGAUGACCUUGAAGAGGACCAAAAAGACAGACACCCUCCACAUUAUGCGCUAGUCCAGUCUUCAGCAUAACCUUUUAC